AAGGUUAAAGGAAGCAAUUGAAAGAGAAAAGUACCUUUCCAAUGUCAAAAUAAAUAAAUAUUCUCCGGCAAUGGACGAAAUUGACGAAAUGGACGAAAUGGAUGAUGAGCAUUUACGCUUGCUCGCUUAA